AUGAAUAAUAUCGUGGACCAAUUCAUCGGAGGUAACAACCUAAAAUCAGCACCACGAGGCGUCGUACGUGAUUUUGUAGAAAAAUACCACGGUCACACGGUAAUCACCAAAAUUCUGAUUGCGAACAAUGGAAUCGCGGCCGUAAAAGAGAUCAGAUCGGUCAGAAAAUGGGCGUAUGAAACUUUCGGGGACGAACGUGUGAUUCAGUUCACGGUUAUGGCCACGCCGGAAGAUUUAAAAGCUAACGCAGAGUAUAUUAGGAUGGCAGAUCAGUAUAUUGAAGUGCCCGGCGGGUCUAAUAAUAAUAAUUAUGCCAAUGUCGCAUUGAUUGUGGAUAUUGCUGAAAGAACCGGUGUACAUGCUGUUUGGGCGGGAUGGGGUCACGCAUCCGAAAACCCUCGACUACCAGAAUCACUUGCAAACAACAAAAACAAAAUAGUUUUCAUCGGUCCACCGGGCUCAGCAAUGCGCUCACUAGGCGACAAAAUUUCCUCAACAAUCGUCGCACAAUCAGCAAACAUUCCAACAAUGGAGUGGAGCGGCACUGGAAUUAAUCAAACUGAAGAAGAUCAACACGGUCACGUCGUGGUGCCUGAUAGUGUCUACCAGAAGGCGUGUGUUAAAGAUGCCGAAGAUGGUCUGGAAAAAGCAUCGAAAAUUGGGUUUCCGGUGAUGAUUAAAGCGUCGGAAGGUGGUGGUGGUAAAGGAAUACGAAAGGUUGAGAACCCCGAGCAUUUUAAACAGGCUUAUAGUCAGGUGCAGGGCGAAGUGCCCGGAUCACCGAUAUUUAUUAUGAAGUUGGCUGGGAAUGCAAGGCAUCUUGAAGUUCAAGUAUUGGCUGAUCAAUAUGGAAAUGCAAUUUCUUUGUUUGGACGGGAUUGUUCGGUGCAACGAAGACAUCAGAAAAUUAUCGAGGAAGCUCCGGUAACAAUUGCUAAAAGUGAAACAUUUGAUGCUAUGGAAAAAUCUGCGGUCAGACUUGCAAAAUUAGUUGGAUAUGUUAGCGCUGGCACUGUCGAAUACUUAUAUAGUCAUGAAAAUGGGGUUUUCUGUUUUCUUGAACUUAAUCCAAGACUACAAGUAGAACACCCAACCACUGAAAUGGUGUCCGGUGUCAAUUUACCUGCUGCUCAGUUACAAAUUGCAAUGGGAAUUCCACUUCAUCGUAUACGUGAUAUUCGCGUUCUAUACGGAGUAGAACCACAUGGCACCUCAGAAAUAGAUUUCGAUUUCUUGACUCUGCAAUCAUUACAAACUCAACGUAAACCGGCACCAAAAGGUCACGUAAUCGCCGUAAGAAUUACCGCUGAGAAUCCCGAUGCAGGAUUCAAACCUAGUAGUGGAAUGAUGCACGAACUCAAUUUCCGAAGUAGUACAAAUGUGUGGGGAUAUUUCUCGGUUAAUUCUGCGGGGGGAUUACACGAGUUUGCCGAUUCACAAUUUGGCCAUAUUUUUGCGUAUGGUGAGAAUCGACAACAGUCACGAAAGAAUAUGGUGGUUGCUUUAAAAGAACUUUCGAUUAGAGGUGAUUUUCGAACAACAGUCGAAUAUCUUAUAAAAUUAUUAGAGACACAAGCAUUCGAAGAUAAUGAAAUCACAACCGGGUGGUUGGAUAUGCUUAUUUCAGAUGAUAACCUAACCGCAGAACGCCCCGAAAAAAUGUUGGCUGUUAUUUGCGGCGCCGUGACAAAAGCAUACACCGCAUCAGCCGACUCAAUCAAUGAAUACAAAAGAUUUCUAGAAAAAGGACAAAUUCCCAACAAGAACAUCUUACAAACGGUAUUCACAAUCGAUUUCAUUUAUGAAGGAGUACGUUAUAGAUUCACCGCGACGCGAUCUGCGCCACAUUCUUUCACACUUUAUUUGAACGGGUCGAAAAUUGAAGUCUCGGUCCGUGCCUUGACUGAUGGUGGUCUGUUGGUAUUAUUGGACGGGAAAAGUCACAUGUGUUAUUUUCGUGAGGAUGUGCAAGGCACUCGGUUGAUGAUUGAUAGUAAGACUUGUUUGUUGGAACACGAAAAUGAUCCUACACAGUUGAGAUCACCUUCGCCUGGGAAACUUGUGAGGUUUCUUGUAGAGUCUGGUGAUCACGUUAAUGGGGGUGACGCGUAUGCGGAAAUUGAAGUAAUGAAAAUGUAUAUGCCACUUAUUGUCACGGAGGAUGGCAUAGUACAAUUCAUUAAACAGCCUAAUGCUAGUCUAGAAGCAGGUGAUAUAAUAGGGAUAUUAACGCUCGAUGAUCCUAGUCGUGUUCGUCAUGCACAACCUUUCGAAGGUCAACUACCGCCGAUGGGACCACCCGUAAUUAUCGGUGAUAAACCACACCAACGAUUUCGUGAAGUGACUCAAAUUCUCGAAUAUAUAUUAGCAGGCUACGACAAUCAAACACUACUACAAAGUUGCGUCAAAGAAUUGAUUGAAUUGCUACGAAAUCCUGAACUCCCGUAUUACGAAUUCGAGGCUGCACUGGCAGCGUUGUCUGGUCGUAUUCCCAUAAAACUUGAUACCUCGCUACACAAACGUGUUCAAAUGUCUCACGAAAAUAAAUUAGAAUUCCCUGCAAAACAUUUAAAAGAAAUCAUUUCCGAAUAUACACGCGAUUUUGUUAAUUCUGCUGACGUGAUAAAUUUCACGGCGACUAUAUCGCCAUUGAUUGAGGUGGUUGAUCGAUACAUUCUCGGACUAAAGUGCCAUGAAUGGACGGAAAUUAGUCGGUUCCUGAAUAUGUUUCAUGAGGUUGAAGUGUUAUUCGCAAAAUCCAAGAAACGCGAAGAAGAUGUUGUUCUGUCGCUUCGGGAGAAAUUCAAGGACAUUGACACAAUUGUUGCGGUUGUACUCUCGCAUUCGAAAUUAGGCGCGAAAAAUAAUUUGAUUUUGAAUUUGCUGGAUCAAGUGAAACCAAGCAACGUAGGGCAAGCACUUGAUAGAUUUUUCUCGCCUGUACUGAAAAGUUUGACAGAACUUGAUGGUCGUAUGAUGUCCAAAGUUGCACUUAAAGCUCGUGAGUUAUUGAUUCAUUGUCAUUUACCAUCGUAUGAAGAACGAAUGGCACAAAUGGAGCAGAUAUUGAAGGCGGCCGUGAUAGAAAGUCAUUAUGGUGACGAUGGAUAUGAUUACCAUAAACCGAGCUACGAUUCACUUAAAGAAUUGAUUGAUACACGGUUUGCAGUGUUUGACGUACUACCAAAUUUCUUUUACAAUGAUGAUAACUGGAUUCGAUUGGCCGCGCUAGAAGUGUAUGCACGUAGAGCAUAUCGUGCAUAUCAAGUACUAGACGUUGAAUAUUAUACGGAUCAAGUGCCAUUCAUGUCAGAACCGAUUCGUGUUGGAGCAAUGAUGUCGUGUGUGUCUGAUGAAGAAAUUGUGGCUAAUUUACCGCGGAUUCUUGAGAAAUUUCCAAGGUUAAAUCGACUAUCUACAAAUUAUAACGUUAAUCAUACCAAAAUCGACAACAAUAAUGAUAAUGGGGGAGUAUUGGGAGGAAGUGAUGAUAUCAAUAAUGUAUUGAAUAUAGCGUUAAGGCUAGAUGAUCUUUUUGACGAUGAAGCAUUAAAACAAAGAUUUGAACCUGUAAUGCAAAAACAUGCUGUAGAAUUCCGAGAACAUGGAAUACGACGUGCGACUAUUAUACUAUUUCGCAAAGGACAAUAUCCAGGAUACCUUACUUUCCGAGAAUCGACCGGAUUUACUGAAGAUCCUACAAUACGUCACAUUGAACCAGCUAUGGCCUAUCAGCUAGAGUUAUCACGACUAUCAAAUUUCGAUAUCAAAUCAUGUUUUACGUCAAAUCGACAAAUACACAUAUACUUUGCAGUCGGAAAAGAAAAUCCAUCCGAUUGCCGAUUCUUUAUUCGGGCGUUAGUGCGCCCAGGCAGACUACGUAAUAGUGUUCGUACAGCUGACUAUCUUAUCUCGGAAUCUGAUCGUUUGUUGAAUGAUAUCUUGGAUGCGUUAGAAAUUGUCAGUUCGCAACACAAAAAUUCGGAUUGUAAUCAUUUGUUUAUCAAUUUCAUACCGACUUUCGUGUUACAAUAUCAAGAAGUUGAGGAUGCACUGGCUGGAUUUAUUGAUCGACAUGGGAAAAGAUUGUGGCGGCUUCGCGUAACUGGAGCAGAAGUACGUUUUAAAGUUGAAGAUCCUAAACGUGUCGGGUAUUACCCAUUACGUGUAAUCAUUAAUAAUGUAUCGGGAUAUGUGCUGAAAGUUGAAUCAUAUCAAGAAGUGAAAACAGAACGGGAUGUUUGGAUAUUGAAGUCGAUGGGUACACCUGGUUCGAUGCAUUUACAACCAAUCAGCACUCCAUAUGCCACCAAAGAAUGGCUUCAACCACGAAGAUAUAAAGCGCAUUUAAUGGGUACUACGUAUGUUUAUGAUUUCCCAGAAUUAUUUCGCCAAGCUUUGUUAAGUCAAUGGCAUCGUGUUAUAGAAACUUUUGAACAACAAAAAACUGCUACAGCUUCUUUAUUUAACGAUAAUGAUCAAUCACAACAACAGCAACAAGAAAUAAAAAUUCCCUCUACUUUACUUAAAGCAAAAGAAUUAUUACUAGACGAAAAAGAUGAGCUUCAAGAAGUCGAUCGUGCAGCGGGCACCAAUACAUGUGGCAUGGUUGCGUGGGUAUUCACUUUAUACACACCCGAAUAUCCGAAUGGACGUCAAAUUAUAGUAAUUGCCAAUGAUAUCACCUAUCAAAUUGGUUCCUUUGGUCCUGCCGAAGACUUUUUCUUUUAUAAAGCAUCAGAGAUGGCAAGACGAUUGGGAAUCCCGAGAAUUUACCUGUCGGCUAAUUCAGGAGCUAGAAUUGGAUUAGCCGAAGAGAUUCUUAAUCAUUUCAAGGUUGCUUGGGUUGAUAAAGAAAAUCCGAUAAAAGGCGUGGAGUAUUUAUAUAUUGAUUCGAAAACAUAUAAGCAAUUGAAUAAACAAAAGUGUGCAGUUAGAUCUGUUAUUACGGAGGAAAUUGAAGAGGAAGGCGGUGAAAUUAGGUAUAAGUUAACGGAUAUAAUUGGAAUUCAAGAUGGAAUUGGUGUAGAAUGCUUGAAGGGAUCGGGAUUAAUUGCUGGAGCUACUUCACGUGCAUAUGAAGAUAUUUUCACUAUUACUUUGGUUACUUGUCGAUCGGUCGGUAUUGGAGCAUAUUUAGUGAGACUAGGACAACGCACAAUUCAAAAUGAAGGACAACCAAUCAUACUUACCGGUGCACCAGCACUUAAUAAAGUACUUGGUCGUGAAGUUUACACGUCAAAUCUACAACUUGGUGGUACUCAAAUAAUGUACAAGAAUGGCGUUUCACAUCUAACCGCACAAAAUGAUCUAGAAGGUGUCAGUAAAAUAAUUCAAUGGUUGUCUUUCAUUCCGGCGCAGCGAAGAUCCCCGGUCCCAAUUAUUGUAAACUCUGCGGAUCACUGGGAUCGUGAAAUUGAUUAUAUGCCCCCGAAAGGAUCAUAUGAUCCGAGAUGGUUUAUCGCGGGUAAAUAUGAAAUUGAAGGCGAUGUAGAUAGUUGGUUGAGUGGAUUCUUUGAUCGUGGAUCAUUUGUUGAGACUUUGGGCGGAUGGGCUAGAACUGUGGUUGUUGGUAGAGCUCGUCUUGGUGGUGUACCAAUGGGUGUAAUUGCUGUAGAGACACGUACUAUUGAACAUACAAUACCUGCUGAUCCGGCGAACACCGAUUCGCGAGAAGAAGUGACGAUGGAAGCUGGACAAGUAUGGUACCCGAAUUCCGCAUACAAGACAGCUCAAGCGAUUAACGAUUUCAACAAAGGAGAAGAAUUACCAUUAAUUAUAUUCGCAAAUUGGCGAGGAUUUUCCGGUGGUCAACGAGAUAUGUUUGACGAGGUGUUGAAAUACGGCUCAUAUAUUGUUGACGCGCUAUCCAACUAUAAGCAACCAGUAUUCGUCUAUAUUAUAUAUAAUGGAGAACUUCGUGGUGGCGCAUGGGUAGUUCUCGAUCCGACAAUCAACCAAGAUUACAUGGAAAUGUACGCCGAUGAAAAGUCCCGUGCUGGAGUAUUAGAACCGGAAGGGCUCGUUGAAAUAAAAUUCCGUCGCGCUCAAUUAUUAGCCACUAUUGAAAGACUCGACGACACUUAUUGCCAACUAAAAAAAUCCGUUAACGACUCUGCAAAUUUGACUGAUCUUGAACGACAAGAAAUAAAGGCACGGUUAGAUGCUCGAGAACAAGAACUGUUGCCUGUUUAUUCACAGAUUGCGUUACAGUUCGCCGAGUUACAUGAUACCCCGGGACGAAUGAAGGCAAAAGGUGCCAUUCGCAAAUCAUUAGAUUUUCGACAAAGUCGACGAUUUUUCUAUUGGCGUGUUAGACGGCGGUUACAUGAAGAAUACAUGUUUAGGCGAUUAGUGGAGGCGAAUCCUCGACUUUCGCGUGAUGAGAUGCGGCAGUUGUUGAUUGCGUGGUUUCGUAAGGAUGUUUCUGAACAGGAUCAUGAAUGGGAUUGGGAAGAGGACGAUGAACAGAUUGUCAAGUGGUUUGAGAAAUUAACUGCCGGAGAAUCAUUUAAUAAUAGUGUUAUUGAAAAUAAAACUAGCAAUAAUAGUGAAUCUACCAUUGCUGAUACUUCGCUUACGGAAGACAAAGAAAAGAAAGCCAUUAGAACAGAGAUAACAAACACGACCAACACAAAAUCAACUGCAUCGUCAUCAAUAAAGAAAACUACUUCAUCUUCAUUGUCAACUCCAACUUUAAUCGAAUCGCGUAUCGAAGAACUUCGUAAAGAACGAAUAAAACAAACUAUUGUCGAGAUGUCACGUACAAAUCAAUCUGCUGUGUUGGAGGGUGUUGUUGAAGUUUUGUUUGAAGAUUUGAGCGUGGAGGAACGGAAACGGUUAUUGAAUGAAUUUAGACAGAUGGCUAAUUUGAGAUCAUCUGAUUCUGAUGCGUUGUUCUCUUCUUCAUCUUCCACGCAAAAGAUGAGGGAUAAGGAAAAAUGA